AUGAGCAAUAUUUCAGGAGGCCCAGAUUUUGUUAGGAAACUAUUUAAGAUGCUGGAAGAUUCUUCUUACAGCGAUGUAGUUUCUUGGGGUGCCAAUGGCGACAGUUUCGUUGUAAAGGAAAUCGAUGCAUUCACGAAAACGAUUCUUCCUCGUCAUUUUAAGCAUUCAAAUUUUGCUAGUUUUGUCCGACAGCUUAACAAAUACGAUUUUCAUAAGAUCAGAAGCUCCGAUGAUUCAGCUGGACUGUACGGCGAACAGGCGUGGGAAUUUCAUCACCCACAAUUUCAUUAUAAUAAUAGGGAUCAAUUGGACAGUAUCAAAAGGAAAACACCUGCCAAUCGGAAACCUGCCACUGCCAAUCCCCCUUCGGAUGCUUCAAAUAAUUCCCAAUUAAACGAUCUUCAAAAUCAAAUUAGUAAUCUGACUAAACUGCAAUCUGUUAUGAACGAACGUCUGCAUUCUUUGAGCAAAAAUUAUGAUACAGUUGUUCAAGAUAUAUUGAGUUUUAAGAAAAACAUGGUUGCUCAGGAUCAAUUGAUGCAGGAGUUAAUACAAUAUUUGAUAGGUCUUGAAGCAGAAAAAUCUGGUUCUUCUCGUUCUUUUGGAAAUGGAAACUCGUUGGAUGAUGGUAUAAAUAAUCCAUUCGUCCCUUCUGAACAAGCUCAGAAGUUAAUUAAUUCCUAUACCCAAGUUUCACGAGCUUCAAUUGAUCAAAUGAAUGAGAUUUCACAACGUGUACAAUCUUUACAUAAUAUCACUAGCAAUACAUCCAAUAUGAAUAAUCAUAGUAUAAUAUCUUCGGAACCUUUGACAAUCCCUUCAACAUUAUCAUCGCUAGGAAGCGAAAAUGCGAUUGGUUUAAAUAAUAGCAUCAGAAAUAUCAGUAAUUCUUCAGAUGCUGCGAUGUCAAAUCUUUUCUUAACGUCUCAACGGUCAUCUACCAUAGAGAAUUCUGAAAUGCCUAAAGUGACGGAAACCUCUCAACAAAGAACUAAUGAUUACGUUCCUGAAUUAAUGUUUAAUAAUGUGAUGUCUUCAGAUAACGUUACGGUUUUCACUGUGGGUCACUUGUCACCUAAGCAAUCGCAUGCUUCUUCAUCAAAUAUCAUCCCUGUCUCAACCACAAGUCCUUCAAAUGUCUCACAUAUCGACAAUACUUCAACAAAUACUUCUAAUAGUAUGCGCGUUCACCGUAGUACACUUAUGCCAGUUUGGACUGUUCCUCCAAAAGUUCUUCUUGUAGAUGAUGAUUUAGUAUACCAAAAAUUUGGUUCAAAAUUGCUUGAAGUCUUUGGUUGUUCUUUUGAUAUUGCAGUAGAUGGAAUUGGUGCUGUUAAUCAAAUGAACAUUAGUAAAUAUGAUCUUGUUUUAAUGGAUAUUGUUUUGCCAAAUUUGGAUGGCGUUGAGGCAACAGCUCAAAUUAGACGAUUCGAUAAUUCCACACCAAUUAUUAGCAUGACAUCCAGCACAUCGCAACAAGAUUGCAGUGUGUAUCUUUCAAAUGGAAUGAAUGAUGUUCUUGCCAAGCCAUUCAACAAAGCAACGUUUCUUAAAAUGUUAGAAAAUUAUUGUUCACAUCUUGUCAUGCCGAAUUUCCAGAGUAUUCCAAGACCAUUUAGUAUUUCUGAAAUAUCGACACCCUCCAACAGUGACAUAUUUUCUAGUUCUUCAGAUACAUCAGUUGGAGAAAAAAACAAUGAUGGUUUGGCCUUGACCAUGUCUAGUGGAUCAUAUUCUUCUGGUGGGCCUAUGUUUACUAUAAUGAGUAGUAAUGACUAUAUGCAAGUUAUGAAUCAACUUGCUAAUGCAUCUUCGGUUAAUCGAAAGAAUACUCUGGAUAAAGAUUUCCAAGACCAACGUCCUUGUAAAAGACCUAAAUUUGAAGUACUUGAAUAA